AUGGAAUCAAGUAAACAAUUCGGUGCUCACAAGAUAAAAAUCGUUAUUAUCGGUGCUCCUACGGUAGGAAAAAGCAGCUUAAUGAAAAGGUUUUGCGAUGGAACUUUCACUUUUAGUAUAGGACCUACUAUAGGAUUAGCAGAGAGAACAAUAAACAUUCGAAUACAUGAUAAAGAUAUAUUGCUCAAUAUUUGGGAUACAGCUGGACAAGAGAACUUUAGAGUUGUUAAUAAGCUUUAUUAUAAGAAUACUAGUGGAGCUAUUAUUGUAUUUGAUGUUACCAAAAGAGAAUCAUUCAAUGAUCUUGAUUGGUGAAUUAAAGAUUUGACAGAUAACGCUCCACCAAAUUUAAAAAAUUUCCUUGUUGGCAAUAAAAUUGAUCUAGCAGAUCAAAGAAUUAUACCUACAAAAGAAGGGCAAAAUUUCGCAAAAAGACAUGAUAUGGAGUAUUUAGAAACUUCAGCUAAAGAAGGAACUGAUGUUGAAAAAUUAUUCCAAGUUCUAGCAGAAAAAAUUUUAGAAGAUAAAUCUGCAUUAUCUAGGUUAAGUAGAGGCAGCGAUGCAUUAUUGCUUCAACCUCAGCCUAAGGAAAAAGCAAAAAAAUGUUGCUAG